GUGGGGAAGAUACAGAGCGGGAGGAAUGCGCGGGGAUAGGCGGUUGGGGGGUUGGGCUGGGGGAGACAGAGAUGUCCCCGGGCUCCUAAAUCAUUCUGAGGGGGUAAAGGAGAGCAGUGGACAAACAAAAGAACAUGCCUCUAUAGCAGAAACAGAAAAUCAAAACCAGCCACAGUCAGCAUUAAAAGCCCUGCAACAUCAACUGGAAUCAUUUCAGGCUCUCCGCAUGCAAACUUUACAAAAUGUUAGCAUGGUACAAUCUGAAAUUAGUGAAAUAUUGAAUAAAAGUAUUGUUGAUGUAGAGAGUCCCCAGUUUGGCACAGAAAAGGCCACCAAGAAACCUGUUGAGAAAGUUACGGAAGAACAAACUGUCAGAAUACUACAUAAGGACAGUCAAGGCCAAAAGACCUUAAAGCAGUCUACAGAGAAUACAGAAGAAAGCUUUUCUAAGGAGAAAAUUAAUCUUUUUGAGGAGUCCAGCACUAUUCAUUCUGUGGGGGAAAAAUCCAGUUAUGUCACUGUCAGUAGUGUCUCCCAAGAUGUAACUACUCCAUCCCAUGUGACUUCCAAGAACAUAUCACCUGUGAAAAAUCAAACAAAUAGAUCAACUUCGAGCCCAAAUAUGAGCACUUUGGAAAACUCAAACUUGCUCAAGACAUGCAGUGACUUUUGUAGUUUUCUACCUUACAUAAAUCAAAGUCUGUCUUCUGCCAACACAGCUUUUCCAGUUGAAUCUAAAAGUACCAUGCUUUUUCUCAAAGAAGAAUUUGGUGGAAACUUGGAAGAUGUUUGCCAUUCUAUCAAAAAAAUGAAAGGUGAGCUUCAAAGAUCACAUGAAAGGGAACUAGCUCUUGCAAAUGAACUUCACAUGCUAAAGAUUGCUACAGAUGCUCAAGGUAAUGGUUCAAAUAUCCCAUUUUCUUCAAAAUUGGAAAAAAAUGAAUCUACUAAGAAAGAAAAUAUAGAUGGCGAAUUAAAUGAGGAGAUAAAAUCAAGCAGAAUUUCAGAAUUAGAGGCAUUAGUAAACAAAUUGAUUCCACUAGGGGAAACAAUAUCAAAAUUUUGUACUAAUUAUUGUCAGAACUGUCAGAGCUUAUCUGAGAAUGACGCUACAGCAGAUCUGAACCACGUCACUACACAAAGUGAAGUAAAGAGUGAGGAAAAUAAUAGGGAAAUUCCCAACACCGACAUUAUUGAAUAUUUACAAUUGGAUUCCAGCAAUCCAAAAGAUACAUCAUCUUUAAUCGACCAAACCGAACGUGAAAUGAAAGAUAAAGAAAAACAACUAUUUGAGUUAUACCAGGGAUCACUAAAGCUUGAAAAUGAGAAGUCAUCAAAAAUCAACCCUGUAACGGAUCAGUAUGUUGCGAAAAUUCAGUAUUUACAGAAUUAUCUAAAAGAAUCUGUGGAAGUACAGAAGAAAGUACUAGAAUUAGAAAAUGAAAAUCUUGACCUAAAGACAAAAAUAAAACCCAUGGUUUAUACCAUACAGUCUCUGAUGCAGAAAAAUUCAACAUAUCAAAAUCAACUUAAAGAUUUGGUUGAAGACAAGAAAACCAUCCAAGCUAAGUUAAAUAAAACAGAAGAAGAUAAUAAAGAAUGUAUUAUUGAAUUGAAAAGAAUAAUACAGAAGUAUACUGAACUCCAAAAUGCAAAUAAAAUUCUAGAAGAAAAUAAUGGCCAACUCUGUUUGGAGAUACAACGCAUGAUUGACUUAAUAAAUCAGUUAAAAAUUAGAGAAGAGAAAACUCAAAAUGAUAGAGUUCUUGUCAGUCAUGAAGUAAAUCGAUUGAGAGUGGAACUAGAAUCUCUGAAAACAAGUAAUUCAAUGUUACAAAAUGAAAAACAGAUGCUGGAAAGAAAAGCAUGCCAACUUCAAAAAGAAAAUAGCUCACUUGAAAAUGAACUAAAAGGAAGUCAUUUGGAGAUACUGCAACUAAAAGAAAAAGAGAGAUUAACAAAAUCUGAUCAAGAGUCUCUUCUUCAAAUGAUACAGAGUGCUAAAAAUGAAAAGCUUAAUCUUGAAGCCACAUUACAGGAAUCUGCAGCUGCCAGACAGAUAAUAGAGAAAGAGGUUGAAAAAAUCCAGUCCUACCAAUGUGAUGCAAAAGAGAAGUUUCAAGCAGAACUUCAAAAUGCAAAAUCCAAAGUCAGCUUUUUUAAGAAUGGCAUGUCUGAAAUGGGCAAGGAAUGUGACAAACUAUCCAAAAUGGUCAAAGGUCUUCAGGCAGAUAAUCAAGUACUAAAAGAAGAACUAGAGAAGCAUACUCAAGAAAAUCUAAAAUUUGCAAAGAGCAUCAGUAGGCUAACUGAAGACAAGGUGCUUUUAGAAAACUAUUUAAGAACAGUAAAAAAUGAAAGGGAUAGUUUGCAAUUUGAGGUACAGCGUCAACGAGAUUACUUUACCUCAGGUAAAGUAUUUUCAAAUAAACAUCGUGAGCUGACUCAACUGACUUACAUAGCAAGAAAUGAACAUUGUCAUUUUGAUGACUAAUGAUACUUAUGGAAAAUUUAAUUUCAGGAAUAAUAUUUUAGAGCAUGAUCUAUAAGGUAUGUAUAUUGUAUUAGGUUAAUAUAGUUACAUUUAAGUUUGAUUUACGAAAUUGAGCAUUAAUUUAGAGCAAUAACAGUAACAUACUGGAUUACAAACUGCUUUAUAAACUAAACAUUGGAUAAACAUCAUCCAAUAGGAUCCUAACAACAAUCCCAUCAUGCAAUCAAGGCAGGACUUCUUCUUGUUUUGCAGAUAACUGAGGCUGAGAGUGGUUCAAUGACCUGCCCAAGAUCACAUGUCUCAUAUUUGGUAGAACUCAGACUCUGAUCAUGCUGCAUUGUGCUCUUCCACUAACACAACAUGAUAAGAGGACAAUUUCUAGAUGAGGGCAAUAUAUUUUAAGAAUUAACUUAGGAUAUAGUACAUUAACUUAAGAAUUUUACCAUUCUGAUCAAAUCCAUGUUACUUUACUUACAUCAUAUACAUGCAAAGGAUCUUUGGCAUGUUGCAUUCAGGUUCUUUUUCUUUAAAUUGUCCUAAAAUGUAAUCUCUAAAGAACUCCCACUUUAAAAGAAAACUCUUUUUUUUUCCUCUCAGGCAUAUCACCUAAACUUCAUCACUCUCAUCCUCCCAAGAUAUGUUAAUAAAUAUUUGUGACCAAUAAAAACAAAACCUUUGUCUAUGUGCUUUGUUCCCCCAAUAAAUUUGAUCAAAU